AUGCUUGCCAUCACGUUCCUUUUCUUGCUUGCGCAAGCCCUCUUCCAGUACCCGCAGCAGGUCGGGGAUGGGCUGGAUGAAGCUGUGCUGGAGCGCAUGCAGCAGCGUGCCGAGUAUCUGAACCAGCAGAUGACUCAGCUCAUUCUGGAGCUGGAGCAGAUGAAGCUGGAUCAGAGCAGUGGGGUCUGGCUUGUGUGGCAGUUCUCGGCUCUGACUGGAAUCCUCGUCCUACUCUUGGCGCUGCGCUAUGGACUCAAGAAAAUUAGAUGCGAUCCAGACAACAGUGGCCACAAGGAGAGGUCCAGCAGCAACUUGGAAGACACAGAAAGCAACGAUGCAAAUGUGGAAGAGGACAAUAAGGAUGGAAACGAAGAAGACAGCAGCCUUGAUGCAAAGUCAGAAAGCAGUGUUGGACAUGAAGCAGAAGAAGGCUAUGAUGAUGCAAAGGAAGAAGUAAACUAUGAUGAGGAAGUGGAGGAAGUCAAUGCUGCCGGAAACGGAGAAGACAAAGGUGAUGCAAACGAAGACGAUGACUACAGUGUCAAAGGAAACCCUGGAAGGCUUUCAGAGGAGUGCAUAGAGUUGUCCCUUCUGGAUCUGGACAAAGGCUGCUCCGUGGUUAUGGACCUUAUGGACAAAUUCAUACACCUCUCUAGACAAUGCUUGUGUGACAGCUUCUAUCCGGUGCUACAACAAGCCAUCGGAGUGGGAAGUGCCUUUGAAGGCUGGAGUCUCCGCACACAAGAUGUUGUGUACCGCAUGCUUGUACCCCUGAGUCCUCCUCCAGGACAUGCCUUCCACCUGGAGCUGGACACUGCAGGGAAGCUCCAGAGGAACUUCUGUGUCCGUGUGGAGCUGCUGUGCACCUGCAUGAGGGAGAGGCUGGGGGAGCACAUGCUAUGUUUCCUCCACCACCCUGAGGAGGAGCUGAGAAGGAAACAGAACCCCAGCCUGCUGCACACCCUCUGCACUGGCUCCUAUCUAGAUGUGGAGAAAACUGUCAAGUGGUUCUAUGAAUUCAUGAGACAAGCCUGGAUGAUUUUGCCUCAGUCCUGCCACUGGAGUUUAAUGUUGCAGCCCUGCGGCCGCACCUGUAAAUUUCACAUAAGCAAUGACAAGGAAACCUUCAUGGUUGAGCUGAUCUUUGGAGUGCAGCAAGGAAGCUCAGAUAUCUUUGUGGGCAGCCAGCCUGCAGAAGUAGGCAUCCCAAGCACAACGUGGUUUGAGACUUAUGCCGUGGCAGAGGCAAAAUUCUUCAGGCACGUUUUCAGACAAGCCAGGACAUCUGCUUGCAAGUGUCUGCAGCUCCUAAGCAGCAUCCUGAUGGGUGGAGAUUUUUCCAGCUAUGUCCUGAAGACCGUGGUGAUACGCCUGCUGAACACCAUACCCCUGACAUGGUGGAGCAGAAGGGAUUUCCGGCAGCGACUGAUGGAUAUCCUGAAGUACCUCCACUGCUCACUGGACACGACACAACUUAACCACUUUGUCAUAGGCAACGAGAGGCUUCCUGAGGAGAUCAGUUUGCCCUCCGACUUCCGGGUGCCUCAACCACCCAACCUCUUCCAGCACCUGGCCAGCAGUCCGGAUGCCCACACCAAGGCCGUGCAGGAGUACGUUCGCCUGCUGCAUCGGCUCAAACAACUGCUGGUGCAUGGCCAGUGA